CGCCCUCUUCGCUCGUGCGCGCGCUCGCAGUCUCCACCACCCACCAGCUCAGACACCAGCAGCAGCGCCGCCGCCGCCGCCCACCUCCUGCCACCGACACCACAGCCACUUUCUCCUCUGCUUCCCUCUACUGUCCUCGCCCUCUGUCGACUAUCAGGUGGGCUUUGAACCAGGAUGGCUGAACCCCGCCAGGAGUUCAACGUGAUGGAAGAUCAUGCUCAGGGGGACUACACCCUGCUGCAAGACCACGAGGGUGACGUGGAGCACGGCCUGAAAGAAUCUCCCCUGCAGACCCCGGCCGAUGAUGGAUCUGAGGAACCAGGCUCUGAAACCUCUGAUGCUAAGAGCACUCCAACGGCAGAAGAUGUGACAGCACCCUUAGUGGAUGAGGGAGCCCCCGGUGAGCAGGCGGCCGCUCAGCCCCCCACGGAGAUCCCAGAAGGAACCACAGCUGAAGAAGCGGGCAUUGGAGACACCCCCAACCUGGAAGACCAAGCUGCUGGACAUGUGACCCAAGCUCGCAUGGUCAGUAAAGGCAAAGAUGGGGCUGGACCCGAGGACAAAAAAACCAAGACAUCCACACCUUCCUCUGCUAAAACCUUGAGCCAUAGGCCUUGCCUUAGCUCCAAACGCCCCACUCCUGGUAGCUCAGACCCUUUGAUCAAACCCUCCAGCCCCGCCGUGUGCCCAGAGCCAUCUUCCUCUCCUAAACACGUCUCUUCUGUCACACCCCGAACUGGCAGUUCUGGAGCAAAGGAGAUGAAAGUCAAGGGGGCAGAUGGUAAACCUGGAACGAAGAUCGCCACACCCCGGGGAGCGGCCCCUCCAGGCCAGAAGGGCCCGGCCAACGCCACCCGGAUUCCAGCAAAAACCACGCCCACCCAGAAGACCACGCCCUCCCCGAAGACCCCACCGGGCACCGGUGAAUCUGGGAAAUCCGGGGACCGCAGUGGCUACAGCAGCCCCGGCUCCCCAGGCACUCCGGGCAGCCGGUCCCGCACCCCUUCCCUGCCGACCCCGCCCACCCGGGAGCCCAAGAAGGUGGCAGUGGUCCGCACUCCACCCAAGUCGCCGUCUGCAGCUAAGAGCCGCCUGCAGACCGCCCCCGGGCCCAUGCCAGACCUGAAGAACGUCAAGUCCAAGAUCGGCUCCACGGAAAACCUGAAGCACCAGCCGGGAGGCGGGAAGGUGCAGAUAAUUAAUAAGAAGCUGGAUCUUAGCAACGUCCAGUCCAAGUGUGGCUCAAAGGAUAAUAUCAAACACGUGCCAGGAGGCGGCAGUGUGCAAAUAGUCUACAAACCAGUGGAUCUGAGCAAGGUGACCUCCAAGUGUGGCUCAUUAGGCAACAUCCAUCAUAAGCCAGGAGGUGGCCAGGUGGAAGUAAAGUCUGAGAAGCUGGACUUCAAGGAGAGAGUCCAGUCCAAGAUCGGGUCCCUGGAUAACAUCACCCACGUCCCUGGCGGAGGACAUAAAAAGAUCGAAACCCACAAGCUGACCUUCCGCGAGAACGCCAAAGCCAAGACCGACCACGGGGCGGAGAUUGUGUACAAGUCGCCUGUGGUGUCGGGGGACACGUCCCCACGGCACCUCAGCAACGUCUCCUCCACUGGCAGCAUCGACAUGGUGGACUCACCGCAGCUGGCCACGCUCGCCGACGAGGUGUCUGCCUCCCUGGCCAAGCAGGGUUUGUGAUCAGGCCCCCGGGCGGUCAGUAAUCGUGGAGAGACGAGAGUGAGAGAGUGUGGGAAAAAAAAGAAUAAUGAUCUGGCCCUUCGCCCUCUGCCCUCCCCCAGCUGCUCCUCACAGAUCGGGUAAUCGGUUAAUCACGUAACCUGCUUGUCGCUCACCUCUGGCUCGGGACUUCCAAAUCGGUCACGGGAACGAGAGCCAAGUUCAUCUUUCCAAAUUGACGGGCGGGCCAAUCAUAAUAAAAUACUUUUAAAAACCUUUAAAAAGAUGGCCCUACCCAGAAUUUCCUUGGGCAGUUACUUUCGAUUCUUUUUUUUUCCCCCCUCUGAGUGCAAGAGGGAGGAGGAGAGGCUCUGAAAGCUGCUUCUGGGGACUCUCAAGGGCCUGGGGGGGCGCCCCGUUCUGGGGGUGUCACAGAGGCAGCAGCGGCAACAAGGGACUCGACACUUGGUGCGCUGGUGCAACCACAGGCGUAGGGCCACCUUUGGAGCAGGACGGGGUGCAGGGGUGGGGGGGGGGGGCUGG